GAUUAAAAGGCAUUUCCGGUUUUUUCAGGAACACGCUCUAAGAGCUACACGUGUGUUAGUGUUCGUUCUUGAUUGUGGAGAAAAUCCUGCAGUGAUGGGUAAAAGAGCAAGCAAACGGAACACGUUUAAUUACAAUGUAGACAGAAAGAAAUUAAAAAAGAAGAUGAUAAAGAAGUACAGGCCAAGGAUUGAAUGUGAGCAGAUCCGGAAAGCUUGGGAUAUCAACAAAACAACCAAGCAGAACAUGCAGGACAUGGGCCUGGCGUUUGGAACCAAAGGUGUACUUCCUAUCAAGAGCAAGACCAACGACGAACCUGUGGAUCAAGUCAUAAAACCCUACGUGAUCAGAGAAAUGGAAGAAGAGGCCAAUGUGCCGAGAAAGGACAACACGACGUGCUCUACUGAUAUAAUCGAAUUUGUUCAGCAUAUGAUUAGGGAAUACGGCGAAGACUACAAGGCCAUGGCGCGAGACGAGAAGAACUACUAUCAAGACACACCCAAACAAAUCAAGAGGAAAGUGGACUUGUACAAGCGGUGUCACCCCGAGGAGCACGCCGCGUUCGUCGCCUCUUUGCAAGCGCAGACGUCGUCCUGAAUCAAACUCUUACAUCAGGAUAGAAAUCAUAAAUGGACUUUACAUCAGAACGUGUAGUACUCAUGGAGUUGUAUAUAUAAUGUAUUUUAUCUGAUUGUUUUAUGAGUGAUUCUGUUCUACUCUAAAGUAUAACUUUUUGUUGUAUGUUGUCAUAAGUUUAUAUAAGUCUGUAUUAAAAAAAAUUAAACUUUUAAUGAAAUCUG